CUUCCCAUUUCAAAGAAAACCAUAUGAUGCUUUGCAAUUCAUUGAGAGAUCGACUUCGGCCAUGGUUUCGUGAUUAUGUUAGGCUUCAGUCUUUCGCACUCAUUCUCAUUUAUAUCCAGGUGCAUUCUUUCCCCCAUCGGAACUAUCAUUCUUUGUUAUCUCUAUUUUCAGUUCUUAAUCUUAAUCUAUUUUUUGUAAAUACAUAUGAGAAAGAUCGGGUGCGCAUUGAUUGGAUCCCUAGGGGCAUUGCUUAUAAAUUUGGUGAUCGCAUUGUUCGCUUUGGUAGCCGAACGUUUCAUCCAAGCAAUAUGGACCCCUUUUUACCUUUUCAGUGAAGCUUACUCUGGCUAUGCAAAUUAUUGGUUUUGCUGUUAGACUAUCGUCUUCACUACUGUGGAUUCAAAUUUACAGAUUGGGGAUUUCAUAUAUGGAAACUCCAGUUCCCCGAGAGGCAGAUUAUGAUUUGAGAAAUAGUUUUCUUAGCCCCGCUACUUCUGUUGUAGUUAGACAACCCUCAGGUUCUGAUGAUACGAUAGGGGGCUCUAUCUAUGAUCCAACUUAUUGCUCGUCCCUAUUCGAAGAUGGUCAUGAUAGUAAAUGUUUGUCUGGGAUCUCCCAUUUCGGUAAUGGUGAUAAUAGUUCUACUUCUGGGCCAGAUGUAUCUCGAUCAAAGCUGUCCAGACAUUUCCAAGUAGCUGAUAAUGAUGGAACAAACUUGGCUGGUGAUAAGGCUUUGAUCUUUACGCAUGAUCUCACAUCCUGUCGCCAGUACUAAAUAUUAUGUAGAAUGCUUAGUUGUUGAAUCUUUUGGAAAAGAAGUGCAGCCUUGAGUCUGAAGUUUUUCAAUAUUUUUUUUGAAUGUCCUACAUUCUCUAGUGUUUUGUUGAUCCAUCACUGUUUUUAUUAAAUUUCAUCUAUAUACAAGGAUGAAUUGCAGCUCAUAACCCAUUUGAACAAUCUUAGUUACUUGGUUUAUGAAUGCUUUUAUUCAAUAUUAUACUUCUACUGCAUAUUCUUAAUUUACAGAAUUUUGUAACAAUU